AUGGACCUCGCCGAUCUCUUCCUUCUGUUCGUGGGUGCUCUCUUAGCGGUGUUCUGGUGGCGCUACUGCGGGAGCAAUGCAGGAGGCGGCGGCGGUGGGGAGAAGACGAAGAGCCUGCCGCCAGGGCCGCGGGGGUGGCCGGUGGUAGGGAACCUCUUCCAGGUGGCCCUCCAGCGCCGCCCGUUCAUAUACGUUGUCCGGGAUCUCCGUCCCAAGUACGGCCCCAUCUUCAGCAUGAAGAUGGGCCAGCGAACUCUGAUCAUCGUCACCUCCUCGGAGCUCAUCCACGAGGCCCUGGUUCAGAGGGGCCACCUCUUCGCCAGCCGCCCUGCAGAUUCUCCGACGAGGCUCCUCUUCAGCGUCGGCAAGUGCACCGUCAACUCCGCCUUCUACGGCCCCCUGUGGCGCGCCCUCCGCCGGAACUUCGUGUCGGAGAUCGUCUCUCCGGCGAAGGUCCGGCAGUUUGGGUGGAUCCGCGACUGGGCUAUGGAGAACCACCUCGUCCGGCUCCGGCGAGAGCAGCAAGAUAAAGGAUCCGUCCAGGUGAUGGACAACUGCCGCCUCACCAUCUGUAGCAUCCUCGUCUGCAUCUGCUUCGGAGCCAGAGUUGCAGAGUCACUGGUGCAGCAGAUCGAAGCCGUUCUUAAAGAGGUGAUGAUGAUGUCGACUCUGAAGCUGCCGGAUUUCCUGCCGGCGCUGACGCCGCUCUUCCGCGGGCAGCUCACCGCCGCCCGCAACCUCCGCAAGCGCCAGCUCGCGCUGCUCGCACCGCUGGUGCGCGAUCGCCGCGCGUUCUUCGACUGCGGCGGCGAUCAGAGCAAAUACACCGGUGAAGCGGAGAUGGUGAGCCCCAUCGGCGGCGCGUACAUCGACUCCCUCUUCGUGCUCAACCCCGCCGGAAGAGGGAGGCUCGGAGAGGACGAGCUCGUCACGCUCUGCUCGGAGGUGAUGAGCGCCGGCACCGACACCAGCGCCACAGCCCUCGAGUGGGCACUCCUCCACAUGGUUCUGGACCAGCGGAUCCAAGAAAAGCUCCACGAGGAGAUCAUCUCCAUCGCCGGCCCCGGGAAGAAGAUCACAGAAACGGAGGUGGAGAAGAUGCCGUAUUUAACAGCGGUGGUGAAGGAGACGCUGAGGAGGCAUCCACCGAGCCACUUCGUGCUCUCGCACGCCGCCACAGAGGACACGGAGCUGGGGGGUUACAGGGUGCCAGCGGGGGCGAAUGUGGAGUUUUAUACGGCGUGGUUGACGGAGAAUCCGGAGAUGUGGGAGGAUCCGGGGGAGUACAGGCCGGAGAGGUUCCUGCAGGGAGGAGAUGGGUGGGAGACGGACGUGACGGGGAUGAGAGGGGUGAGGAUGAUGCCGUUUGGAGUGGGGAGGAGGAUCUGCCCGGCGGCGAGCUUGGGGACGCUGCAUGUACAGAUGAUGCUGGCGAGGAUGGUGAGGGAGUUCAGAUGGGUGUCCGUUCCAGGGGAAGGGCCGCCAGAUCCGGAGGAGACCUUUGCUUUCACCGUCGUCAUGAAGGAGCCCCUCAGAGCCGCCAUCGUCGAGAGGAAGUAUUAG